AUGGGCUCGAACCUUCAACGUUUCAGCUCCUACGUCAGCAUGAAAUAUGAGCUACAUGACAAGCGAGGACAACUCCGAGGCUCUGAAGGACCAAGAUCCGAUCAACAGAUGGAGGUGGCAGAGGGGGUGGGAACGGGCAAGCCCCCGAGGCACCCCGGAAGGAAGCGGACGAUGUUCACUGCCCAGCAGCGGGAAGAGCUGCAGCUCCUGUUCCAGAAGAACCGGUAUCCGAGCCCCACUCUUCGGAGAGAGACGGCCCUGAGGAUAGGCACAGAGCCCGCGGCGGUGCAGGUUUGGUUCAAGAACUGCAGAGCAAAACUCCAACGGGCACAGCGCACGUCUACGCAGCAGAAGCAAGAAGCAGCUGAACAGAGACCGCCGGAGGGCGGAGGCCAGAGCGGGGCUUCCCCUGAGAGAAAACUGGACCCACACCCCAGACCUCUUAACGGAGCCGGGCCUGCACCCCUAGUUUAUACAGAUCACCCAAUACCCGCCUUCCAACUGAGCGGAUGUCCCAAUGUCAAGGGCCCCACAGACCACUCUGGUGGCCACAGAAUAAUCCAUUUUGGUUGCUGCCGAGACCCAAACGUGUACUGCCUCUAUCCCAUUUUGAGAUCCCAGGUUCUUCCGGAUUCAAUGAGCCUUGGUGGCGCAACUGCAAAGCGCUCGGCUGCAGAGGGAAAUGUUGGCGUUCCCAACAACCUGCAGUCCCGCAGCACGAAAGACCUGGCCGUGUGCCCCCAGGAACCCCCGGGGCGCUGUGCUACCCGAAGGGCCUGGCGGAGCCGCGGGGGUGGGCGGAGCGAUCUCCAGUCCCCUGAGGGCCUCGCCCUGCCCUAUAAGAGCCGGGGAGGCCUGCUAGGCCCUGCUGACGGUCGGAGCAGUCGGUGGUCUCUGCAGCUCGAGCCCAAUCUCCUGGGCACAGAUUACCCUCGGCCCGUGGCAUAA